AGAGAGCGUGAAAGACUGGCAUUGUAUGGGACUUGGACAGAGGAAACAACUCUCUCAAUUCUCUCUCUCUCUCUCUCUCUCUCUCUUCAAAAACUCUCUUCUCCGACCCUUUUAUUAACCUUCUCCACCUCAUUCGGCCUUCUUUCUCCUCCUCCAUUGGCAUCCGUCAGCAGGCACUGGACAUGGGAUUGUUCCACAUUCCCGUAUUCUUGUAAUUUGCUCAGGUGGUACAUUGCUGCAAUUUCGUAAAUCAAGAUUUUCUAAGAUAGGCAAAUUUUCAGGUGGGCAUGUCAUUUUGUCAUGGGGAAUAGUGGCCGCAUCAGCAAGCCUUUCACUUGCCUGGUGAAGGCAAGUGUUGCGGGUUUGUACUUAAUUCUUUGAGCCAACAAAUUUGCAUUGAGCUUCAAAAUAGUGACAAAUGACUGGAGGCAGGAUAAGGGCGAAGAUCCGUAGGAGCCACCUAUAUACCUUUGCUUGUCACAGGUCACAUCCUCCUGCGGAAGAUGGUACUCAAGACACCCAAGGACCUGGUUACUCACGAACUGUUUACUGCAACCAGCCUCAUGUGCACACUCAAAAACCUAACAAGUACUGCACAAAUUAUAUUUCAACCACCAAGUACAAUAUCCUUACAUUCCUGCCAAAGGCCAUAUUUGAACAAUUCAGGCGUGUUGCCAACUUGUACUUUCUUCUAGCUGCAGUCUUAUCACUAACUCCAGUAUCACCAUUUGGUCCUCUUAGUAUGAUUGCUCCGUUAGCUUUCGUGGUGGGAUUGAGUAUGGCUAAAGAAGCUCUGGAAGAUUGGCGAAGGUUUAUACAGGAUAUGAAGGUUAACUUACGGAAAGCCGGUUUUCAUAAGCAAGAUGGUGAAUUUGGUCUUAAACCCUGGAUGAAGCUUGGCGUUGGAGAUAUAGUGAAAGUAGAGAAGGAUCAAUUCUUCCCUGCUGAUUUGCUUCUUUUAUCUUCAAGUUAUGAAGAUGGAAUUUGUUAUGUAGAAACUAUGAACUUAGAUGGGGAAACAAAUUUGAAGGUGAAAAGAGCACUGGAGACAACCUUACCCCUGGACAGCGAUCCAACUUUUAGAGAAUUUAGUGCAACCAUAAGAUGUGAGGAUCCUAACCCCAGUCUUUACACUUUCGUGGGUAAGUUUGAAUAUGAUGGCAAGGUCUAUCCUCUUGAUCCUAGCCAGAUUCUCCUCCGAGAUUCAAAGCUUCGGAACACAGCCUAUGUUUAUGGAGUAGUGAUAUUCACUGGUCAUGAUAGCAAAGUAAUGCAAAAUGCUACAAAAUCUCCUUCAAAAAGGAGCAGGAUUGAGAAACAAAUGGACAAAAUAAUAUACAUUCUUUUCAGUAUUUUGGUAUUCAUCUCACUCAUCAGCAGUGCAGGUUUUCUCGUGAAGACUAAAAAUGAUUUGCCAAAGUGGUGGUAUUUACAGGUCCCAGACAGCAAAGGUCUCUUUGAUCCUGGCAAACCACUUAAGUCAGGGUUUUAUCAUCUCAUCACUGCUCUUAUGUUGUAUGGAUAUUUGAUACCAAUAUCCCUCUAUGUGUCAAUUGAGAUUGUAAAAGUCCUCCAGGCUCUAUUUAUCAAUCAGGAUAUUCAUAUGUAUGACGAUGAGACUGGAACUCCUGCUCAGGCACGGACAUCGAACUUAAAUGAGGAAUUAGGACAGGUUGAUACAAUCCUAUCAGAUAAAACUGGCACCCUGACAUGCAAUCAAAUGGACUUCCUUAAAUGCUCCAUUGGUGGUAUUGCAUAUGGCACUCGCGCUAGUGAUGUCGAACUUGCUGCUGCAAAACAGAUGGUCAUGGACUUGGAUGGACAAGGCGAAACUGGCAUGCCCCAUUCGUUGGAGACAAGUGGACAUGGUUUUGUGGACUCGGAAAUUCAAUUGGAGACUGUUGUUACUUCAAAAGAUGAAGAUGACCUUAAACCUUCAAUAAAGGGGUUUAGCUUUGAGGAUGACCGCCUCAUGAAUGGGAAUUGGUUAAAAGAACCCAACAAGGAUGACAUCUUGUUAUUCUUCAGAAUACUAGCAGUUUGUCACACGGCAAUUCCAGAGCAAAAUGAAGAGACAGGGACCUUUACCUAUGAAGCAGAAUCACCAGAUGAAGGUGCAUUUCUUGUUGCCGCUAGAGAAUUCGGUUUUGAGUUCUGUAGAAGAACUCAGUCAAGUGUGUUUGUACGCGAGAAAUAUCCUUCGUUUCAAGAGCCUGUUGAAAGGGAGUACAAAAUUUUGAAUUUGUUGGAUUUCACUAGCAAACGGAAGAGAAUGUCUGUAAUUAUUAGGGACGAGAACGAUCAGAUUCUCCUCCUAUGUAAAGGAGCUGACAGCAUCAUCUUUGAUAGGUUAUCAAGUAAUGGGAGAACGUAUGAGGAGGCCACCACAAAGCAUUUGAAUGACUAUGGGGAGGCUGGACUGCGGACGCUUGCACUCGCUUACAAGAAACUAGAUGAGGCAGAGUAUUCUGCUUGGAAUGAUGAGUUUAUGAAAGCAAAAACUUCAUUUGGUGCUGAUAGAGAAGCAAACCUUGAGCGGGUUUCUGACAUGAUGGAAAGGGAAUUGAUACUUGUUGGGGCAACUGCUGUAGAGGACAAAUUACAGGAAGGAGUGCCCCAGUGCAUAGACAAACUGGCACUAGCUGGUCUAAAGAUCUGGGUUCUAACAGGUGAUAAGAUGGAAACUGCAAUUAAUAUCGGAUUUGCUUGUAGUUUGCUUCGACAGGGCAUGAAGCAAAUAUGUAUAGCAAUUAAAAAUGAUGCAUUAGUCCAAGAUAACAAAAAGGCAAAGGAGGAUAUCUUAAUGCAAAUCACCAAAGCAACCGAAAUGAUCAUGGAAGAAAAGGACCCUCAUGCUGCAUUUGCAUUGAUCAUUGAUGGGAAAACUCUAACUUAUGCAUUGGAGGAUGAUAUGAAGCAUCAAUUUUUGAAUUUAGCGGUUCAUUGUGCUUCUGUCAUAUGCUGUCGAGUCUCACCCAGGCAAAAAGCUCUGGUCACGAGAUUAGUAAAAGAAGGAACUGGGAAAAUCACAUUAGCAAUUGGUGAUGGUGCAAAUGAUGUUGGUAUGAUUCAAGAAGCGGACAUUGGUGUUGGCAUCAGUGGCUGCGAAGGAAUGCAGGGCACUAAUCCAAGAGUCCGAGACGCCGAAAUAAGUUUCACAGAAGUUAUGCCUCUCCAUUGUUUGCAGGCUGUGAUGGCUAGUGACUUUGCAAUUGCAGAGUUCCAAUUUCUGGAGAGGCUUCUUGUUGUACACGGACAUUGGUGUUACAAAAGGAUUGCUCAGAUGAUAUGUUAUUUCUUCUACAAGAACAUUGCGUUUGGCCUUACAAUCUUCUAUUUCGAGGUUUUUGCUGGUUUUUCUGGACAGUCGGUGUAUGAUGACUGGUACAUGCUGCUAUUCAAUGUUGUUCUCACUUCAUUGCCCGUCAUUUCGCUUGGAGUGUUUGAACAGGAUGUGGAUUCUGAAGUAUGCUUGCAGUUUCCAGCUUUAUAUCAGCAAGGGCCAAAAAAUUUGUUCUUUGAUUGGCCAAGAAUUUUUGGUUGGAUGGGAAAUGGUUUCUACACUGCCCUCAUUAUAUUCUUCCUCAACAUCAUCAUCUAUUACGACCAAGCUUUCCGUGCUGGAGGCCAAACUGCUGAUAUGACUGCCGUUGGCACUGCUAUGAUGACGUGUGUUAUUUGGGCCGUCAAUUGCCAGAUUGCUUUAACAAUGAGCCAUUUCACGUGGAUACAGCACUUUCUCAUUUGGGGUAGUGUCGCUACUUGGUACCUGUUUCUCUUAAUCUAUGGAGAAAUGCAUUAUGCUCUUCAAGUAAACGCCUAUAGAGUCCUCCGUGAAAUUCUGGCUCCUGCUCCAAUCUACUGGUCGUCAACCAUCUUAGUGACAGUCGUGUGUAAUAUCCCUUACCUUGUUCACAUUUCAUUCCAAAGAUCAUUCAACCCAUUGGAUCAUCAUGUCAUCCAAGAGAUCAAGUACUACAGGAAACACAUCGAGGACGGGCGUAUGUGGAGGCGGGAACGGUCCAAGGCACGGGAGAAGACCAAGAUUGGGUUCACGGCAAGAGUUGAGGCAAAAAUCAGACAGGUGAGAGGGAAAUUGCAGAAGAAACGUUCAAUCGUGAGUAGCAGUUCUGUAGCACAACAGACAUAACAUUGAUAUAUACGAUAUUGCUUUAUUCUUUUCACCAAUGUCAAUAGUUUUGAAGGGUUUCGGCUGGAUGGAAUAUUUCUGUUGUUUUGGGCCAUUUUUUGAUUCAUUCUUGUUUCCCCAGGUAUAGUGUGUACGAGUGAGGUAAUUUCCUUGAGCCAAAGCUCUUAGGCUGCUCUCUAUGUAAAAUAUUUAUGUACAGCUUCUGCAAAUAGCAGCUCCUACAUAUUUGCCUCAUUUCUCUUC